UGGUCGCCCAUGAUAUCACGUCAUCUUGGGCGGGGCUUCAGGCAGACACUUGGGGCUCCGCUGGAGAGCGCGGGUCAACCGCCUGAACACGGCAAGCAGGACCUGAUGGCUUCAAAAUCCCAGCACAACGCCCCCAAGACCAAGAGUCCGAAUGGCAAGGCUGAAUCUCAAGGACAAUGGGGCCGGGCCUGGGAAGUGGACUGGUUCUCCCUGGCCAGCGUCAUUUUCUUGCUGCUCUUCGCACCAUUCAUUGUAUACUACUUCAUCAUGGCAUGUGACCAGUACAGCUGCUCGCUGACCACCCCCGUAGUGGACAUAGCCACCGGCCGUGCUAAUCUGGCAGACAUCUGGGCCAAGACACCACCUGUGACAGCUAAAGCUGUCCAACUGUAUACCUUGUGGGUCAGCUUCCAGGUGCUUCUUUAUUCCUGGCUUCCUGACUUCUGCCACCGAUUUCUGCCGGGCUAUGUGGGAGGUGUCCAAGAAGGUGCCAUAACUCCAGCAGGGAUUGUAAACAAGUAUGAGGUGAAUGGACUGCAAGCCUGGCUCAUUACUCACUUCCUCUGGUUUUUGAACGCUUACUUCCUAUCCUGGUUCUCCCCCACCAUCAUCUUUGACAACUGGAUCCCACUGCUAUGGUGUGCCAACAUUCUGGGCUAUGCUGUGUCCACAUUCGCAAUGAUCAAGGGCUACCUGUUCCCCACCAGUGUUGAAGACCGCAAAUUCACAGGCAAUUUCUUCUACAACUACAUGAUGGGCAUUGAGUUCAACCCUCGAAUUGGAAAGUGGUUUGACUUCAAGCUGUUCUUCAAUGGACGCCCGGGGAUCGUGGCCUGGACCCUUAUCAACCUGUCCUUUGCUGCCAAGCAGCAGGAGCUUUAUGGCCAUGUGACCAACUCCAUGAUUUUGGUCAAUGUCCUGCAGGCCAUCUAUGUGUUAGAUUUCUUCUGGAAUGAAACCUGGUACCUGAAGACCAUUGACAUCUGCCAUGACCACUUUGGGUGGUACCUGGGCUGGGGUGACUGCGUGUGGCUGCCCUACCUCUACACACUGCAGGGCCUGUACUUGGUGUACCACCCUGUGCAUCUCUCCACUCCCAAUGCCGUGGGCAUCCUGCUGCUCGGCCUGGUGGGUUACUAUAUCUUCCGAAUAACCAACCAUCAGAAGGACCUGUUCCGUAGGACAGAUGGACGCUGCCUCAUCUGGGGCAAGAAGCCCAAGGCCAUCGAGUGCUCCUACACGUCAGCCGAUGGGCAGAAACACCACAGCAAGCUGUUGGUGUCGGGCUUCUGGGGUGUGGCCCGCCACUUCAAUUAUACUGGGGAUCUGAUGGGCAGCCUAGCCUACUGCCUGGCUUGUGGUGGCGGCCACCUCCUCCCCUACUUCUACAUCAUCUACAUGACUAUCCUGCUCACCCACCGCUGCCUCCGUGACGAACACCGCUGUGCCAACAAGUAUGGCCGUGACUGGGAGCGCUACACGGCGGCAGUGCCCUACCGCCUGCUGCCUGGAAUCUUCUAAGGACCAUCCUGGGAAGCAUAGCGAGGCUUUAUCGAAUGCGUGGAGUUGGAUGCAUGGGGGCUGGCAUCCCGGCUUCCUCCUGCAGGGGUGUCAGUUUGCGCAUCUGGAAAAUGGAGAGCCUAGUGCCCAACAGUGUCUGUCUGGUGGCAGCUGGACUGGCCCUCCCGCAGACUGGUGGUUUUCUUGAUUGAGCAUCCUGAGGGCAGAGGACCUUGGCCCUUUCAUGUCUGUCUUUAUGUUGGGAGCCCUUGAUCUGUGUUGCCCGGAUGGCUUAGGCUUGCCAUGUGUCUCCCAGGACUGGGCCAUCCUGUUAAACUGGAGACAACGUGGGAUCUAAGGAUUUUGACACCGCCCCCUUCCCCUCCUGUUCUGCCAUGGUGGACUGGACCCUGGGCCAUUUUUGUCUGAAGAGGUGUGCAGUGUUGAUCAGCAGAGGGCUCAGAGGCCAUUGCAGGAGGAAGGCGCUGUCUUUAGGUUCUUGUUUCUUGUUCUUACCCCAGGAGGGCCAGGCAGUGGACUGGGAAGUCACAGUGGAAGGGACUUCACAGUCCCUGGCUAAUCUGCUACAGUAUUUGUGACAUGAGACAGUUUCCAGAACAAGACUCCCUGAGGACCCACCCACCUAGCAGGUCAGCCACCUGCCCUCUUCUGGAAGGUGCUUCUUGUUUACCCCAAGACACUUGGUUCGAGGAUAAACAGAUUUACUUAGACAACCCAGAAUGUAUCACCAGCCAGUGGCCUCAGCCACACCUUCCACAACAGGAGUUCCAGUGUUGAGGAGGGGACCCAUUCUCAUUAGCGACACUAGCCCCCAAAACUCAGGGUAUUCUGUAAAACUAGAUAGGAUCCUCUUAGCCUUGCUGAUGAUUCUUUGUAUUAAACCUGCCUUUUUAAAUGUG